AUGAAGACCUACUCACUUUUCCUUAUGUCCAUCAUGGUGGUUACUGCAGACCCUGCCACACCACUGAGAAUAAACAAAGUUAUUUUAAAAGAAAUAUUAGGAAAUGUGCAUCGCUUGAACCGCACCUUAAAUGAUAGGGUGAAGAAGAUAUCUGUGCAAGCAGUAAUAUCAGACAGACACUGCACUCCACAAAACCUCUGCAAAGCAGGGAAGGUUCUAGAGAAACUUAAGGCAGAAGAUCUUGGACUUCAGGAAAAAGACUGGCCGCUACCCAGGAAUCUGGUGGCCUUAACCAGAAACAUUCAGUGCAAGAACUCAGCAUCAGAUGACAAAGUACAGCUUCAUCAACUUCUGUUUAACAUAAAACAUUGCACCCAGAAAAUGUAUGCAAAGCCGCUGAAUCAUUUCCCAGCUGUCAAUGGGUGGGAGGCAGGAUACACCCUGGACAGUGUAAGAGAAAGCAAAGACCAUGGACUUCAAGAAAAAGAUGAUCCGCUGCCCACAACGACGGCAAUGGCAGUAUCUACUGCACCAGUGACAUCAGAUGCACUUCAGGGUGUGAUUUUACACGAGAUUAUAGAAAACGUAAACCGCUUGGCAGGCACCUUAGACAUGACAGUAAAAAAGAUUUCUGUUCAACAAGUAAUAAAACCCGGACACUGCACUUCUGAAAACUUCUGCAAAGCAAGGGAGGUUCUACAGACAUUUAAAGCAGAAGAUCUUGGACUUCAGAAAGCAGACUGGCUGCUGCCCAAGAAGCUUGUGGCCUACACAAGAAACAUUUAUUGCAAGAACCCAGUAUCAGGUGACAAAGUAGAACUUCAUCAACUUCUGAUUAACCUACAACGUUGUGCCCUGGAGAUUGAAAGAGAAAGCAAAGAAAAAGACCCCGGUCUGCUGCCCAGGACGACAGGAGUGGCAACACCUUCAGCAACAUUAGCAUCAGACAACCAAUCAAUUCAGGGUGUGAUUUUAGAGGAAAUCCCACAAAAUGCAACACAUGUGAACGGUACCUUAAUGGAUUCGACUGAGAAGCUUCAAAACUUCUGCACAGCAGGGGAGGUUGUAGAGACCUUUAAAGCGAAUGAUCAUGGACUUUAGGAAGAAGACUGGCUGCUGUCCAGGAAGCUGAAUGAGAAACAUUCAGUGUGAGAACUCAGCAUCAGACGACACAGCAGAGCUUUGGGACGUUCUGGAUAACACAACACUGUGCUGGCAAGCACUAGUUUUUAUAUAUGUCAUUUUGAUUUUUGCGGAAAAAGAUAUAUACAUUGUGAAAUUAACACAUUCAAAUAUUUUUGAAGAAGACAACCAGGACAAAAUUCUCAUUAUUC